AUGGAGGCAGCACCCGAGCCCGAUGUGGAGAAGUUCGUGCCACCUGCGCGGACAGGUGCCUGCUUUGAACGGUUGCAAUGCUUUGUGCUGGUGAGAUUCCGUAACAGCAGUGCAAUUCUCCCAUUGGCCGAAGUCUCAAGGAUGGUGAAUCUGUACAUCCGCUUGGCGACGCAAAGCCGGCGCCAUCAGCGGGCACGGCAGAGUCCCUGGAAGCCGCCGGAGGCAAGCGAUUCCCUCAAGAAGAGCCCACGUGGUGACGAGGUGGAGAAGAAGGUCCGCGCGCUGAGGAAGAAGCUGCGGGACAUCGAGAAGCUGAAAGAAAAAGUCGCUACAGGAGCUCCCAUAGACCUGCUGCAGAAGCAGAAGCUCGACGGAGAGGCCGAAAUCAUCCAGCAGAUUCGCUCACUUGGAGCUGAGCCGUGA